GGGGGAGGGACCGGGGCGCGGGCACAGUGCCCUCCUCUGUGUCAGGGCGCAGUGACUGCUCCUCCCCUUGUCUGUCCCCUCCUCUGUGCCAGGGCACAGCUGCCCCUCCUUGUCUGCCCCCUCCUCUGUGCCAGGGCACAGCUGCCCAUGCCCUCACCCGCGGAGUUGGGCUGCCCAGGAAAGAGCUCCUGCCCCCUCACUGGGCUAGGGUUGGGCAGGACAGAACUCAGCCGGCCUGGGCCAGGGUCCAGCUGCCUCUGGUCCAUCUCCCAGCCUUUCUCCCCCAAAUCCCCAGCAUGAAGGAUGCCGGUGCCUGGGCUGAGCCAGUCCCUCUGUGCCAGGCCUGGCCACCCCUGGCUUCAUCUCCCUCUUACAUAAACAAGCCCAAAACUGAGUUGCCCGGACCAGGGCUUAGCUCCCAGAGCCAAGGCCUGGCAUGCCUUUCCAUCUCCCUCUGGGCCAAAGUUGUGUUGGUUUGCCCCACAGAGGUGGAAAUCAGAGUGGCAUUCAUUCACUCAUCAUGUCUCGACGAAGCCAACGCCUGAUCCGUUAUUCUCAGGGUGAUGAUGAUGGAGGUAGCAGCAGCAGCAGUGCUAGCAGCUCCCUGAUGAUUGGCCAACAUGUCCCCUUUAAGGAUAGUCCCCUCAGGGCUCUGAGGAGGAAAUCUGGCAGUAUGAAGCGGCUCUCUCCCGCUCCACACCUGGGCUCGGCUUCCAAACCUCACACCUCAUACUACAGCGAGUCCGUGGUGAGCGAGUCUUACGGUCGGGGGUUCCGGGCCCCCUCUGUGACCAAGAGCUCCAUCCUGCAUGAGCAGCUGGACAGUGACUCCUCCUGGAGUGGGGACCUGAUGGUGGGGAGGAGAAGAGGCAUUGGAGGCCCCGAGAGUAGCAAAAUUAAUAUGCAAACUGAGGACAAAAUCUCCUACGACACAUAUGGCUCUUCAUCGGGGUAUUCCUCUGAGGAUGAUUAUUCAGGUAUGGACCAGCCCAGCUCUGUAUCCAGACUAAGCAAUGCCUUCUUCCAAGCUGGUGCUUUCCUGUGGAUGGUGGUCACUUUUCCAGGUCGGUUCUUUGGCCUGUUCUACUGGUGGCUUGGCACUACCUGGUACCGCCUGACCACGGCUGCCUCCCUGCUGGAUGUCUUUGUCUUAACCAGGUGCUUUGCGUCCCUGAAAAAGUUGCUUCUGUCUUUUCUGAUGAUGAUGCUGUUGGCUUCACUUGCCUUUGGUGCUUGGUAUUUCUAUCCCUAUGGACUGAAGACCUUCCACCCUGCUCUGUUUUCCUGGUGGGCAGCAAAGGGAGGCAACAAGAGAGAGGUAUGGGAGCCUGUGGACUCCAACUCCUAUUUCAAGGCUGAACAGCAUAUCCUGUCACGGGUACAUGCUCUAGAAAGGCGCCUGGAAACGGUGGCUUCAGAAUUCUCAGCCCUUUGGCAGAAGGAGGCAACUAGGAUGGAGCACCUGGAACUACGGCUACAGCAAGGAGCCAGUGGGAAUGGCGGAGUGAAAGGCCUGAGCCAGGAGGAUAGUAUGAUCUUCUUGGAGGGCCUGUGGAGCCGCAGAGAAGCUGUCCUGAAGGAAGAAUGCCGAAGGAAUGCCAUGACCCACAUCCAGGAAGAGCUCACCAUUCUAAGGGCAGAAUAUCAGCAAUAUUUGGAUAACCAAAAGAAGAUUAUUCAAGCAUUCCAGGACUUGGAAAGCAGAUUCCUCCAGCUCAAGUCUGAUUGGCAGAGUCUGAGCCAAGAAGAGGCCAGCCAGAGGCAAGCAGCAGUGGAAGCCCUACAGCAUGAUGUAGAGUCUCAGGGACAGGAGAUGCAGGCCAUGGUGCAAGCCCAGCUGCGAGACCUGGAGCACCGAAUCCUCACACAAAUGGCAGAGGAACAGGGGAAGUUUGUCAGGGAAACUGCUGCCCGGGUGGAGCAGACCCUUGACAAGGAAGGAGAGGUUGGGAUAACGGAGGAGAAAGUACACCGUAUCGUGAAUCAGGCCCUGAAGCGCUACAGUGAAGACCGCAUUGGGUUGGUGGACUAUGCCUUGGAGUCUGGAGGGGCCAGCGUCAUCAGCACCCGCUGCUCGGAGACCUAUGACACCAAGACGGCCCUUCUUAGUCUGUUCGGCAUCCCUUUGUGGUACCGUUCCCAGUCCCCAAGAGCCAUCCUCCAGCCGGACGUCUACCCCGGCAACUGCUGGGCAUUCCAGGGAACCCAGGGCUUUGCCGUGAUUCGAUUGUCUGCUCUUAUCCGCCCCACUGCUGUCACCUUGGAGCACGUGCCCAAAGCCCUGACCCCCAUCAGCAACAUCCCCAGCGCGCCCAAGGACUUCAUCAUCCUCGGCUUAAACGAAGAUUUGCAGCAGGAGGGGGCCGCCCUCGGGUAUUUCACCUAUGACCAAAAUGGCGAACCCAUUCAGACUUUCCACUUGCAGAGCAACAACACAGCCAUCUACCAAGUGGUGGAGCUUCGGAUUCUAAGCAACUGGGGUCACCCUGAAUACACCUGUAUCUAUCGUUUCCGGGUCCACGGGGAGCCUGUCUAUUAGGCCCUCCCUGUGGGUCCCUUUUAGCACCCUGCCAUUCUCCCUCGGACCACUUCCCUCCACCAGCAGGCAGCUCCCCCACCUCCUCCCCUGACCCCUGCUUCAGACCUCUAUGGCUUCUGGGAGCCAGAGGAGUGGGUCUGUGGGAGAAGAGAGGCAGAGAGGAAGUGGGGCUCACUGUGUUGGGCACCUGAUGUUAGCUAUUUCUGCUUCAUAUUCCCCAUUGUCUCUAGGGUCAAGCCUGGCCACCCCCGGAGGGGAGGGUGUAUAUACAGCUAUGUUGGGGCCUCUAUUUAUCCUGCUCCACAGCAGUCUGCCAGAGCCCCACUGACAGGACCUGAUCUUGCUCUGGGACAAAGAAUUGGCUCUGUUCUGGAGGUCACGAAGCUGGGAGCCUUUGUCUUUCCUGGGCAUGUCCCAGCAGGUGAGAGUGGCCUCUGGCAGCUAAAGGACCUUAGAGGAAGACCCUGUCAGCCACCUUGCAGGGCUCUCUUCACCCUGGGCAUGAUGGGCCCAGAUUUUGAGAUCCUAAUUAAGCACCUGUGACUAAGCACAAUUCCCAGGGGUUUGUCCUCAGUCUGGGAGGAAGUUAUACCUCCAGGAUCACUCAAGGUGGCAUUUAGAUACUGUAUGUUCCCAGGGGCAUAGCCAUGGCUAGGAGGCCCCUUCUACCCACUGGGGCUCAACUUAUAGAGGAAUUGAGGUGUGCCGACAUGCAAGAAAGACAGUUAUUGGACACAGCAUUAAUCAUGGAUUAGAUUAUGCUGUAGGGAUGGGGAGCAGUGAGGGAGAGCUCCGAGUGCUGAGGACCCAGGCUGAAGCUUCCUAAGGCUCCCAGCUUGACCUCAUUUUUGCCCUUCCAGGCAGUAGGUGCAGCCAAAAUGGAGAGGGCAUUCCCUUUUGCUAAAACCAGUUCUUCUCCGUCCUCUAACAGGCCAAAGGCCCCAUUCCUCAUCCCAGGGCCAGACAGGGUAAUGCCUUCAUCCGCCUUUUCACCUGGAGCCCAGUCCCUCUGGGCCCUCCUUGCAGUUGAGGGUGUGGUGGUAAAGGAGACAGGCAGGCAGGAAGGGCCUCCUUUGGUCUUUGAGCUUGUUACAGGUGGAAAGGGCCCCUCUACUGACCUGGAGAUGACUUCUACUGAGCCCAGGCUGGGCCUGCCAUGCUCCAGGGCCUCUGCAGGGAAACUGGGCUUCCUCCAGCUCUCCCUCUGGGCUCUGGGGCUGACUAGGUCCUCUCUGGCUAGUUUAUUAGCACAAGGAGGAGGAGGGUAGGAAUUAAGUUCAUUGGGACAGGGAUGGGGGGGGAAGCUUGUUGCUGUUAAGACUUGUUGGGAGGGGGAGGGCAAAUUAUUUGGCCCUGCGGGCCGAUUGUAUUAUGUACAUAAAUAUAGAUUUAUAUAUAUAUAUAUAUAUAUACACAUAUAUAUUUCACAGGUUUUUUUUAAUCAGAAAGGAAAGCCAAGGGUUUCAUUCCUGGCCUCCUCCACUAGGGCACAAGGUGAUAUUCACCCCAGCCCCAACUCAGGAGGGGGCUGUCAAGCACUGAUCCCCAUUCCCUGCAAGCUCUAUUUCCUUUUCUGUCUAGAGAGACUGUAGGGCUGAGCACUGGGUCCUCCGAUCCAGCAGGGGUGCACACACCUCUGCUGGCUUUAGGGGCCAUCCUUGCUCCUCAGUAUAGAGCUUGGGCUAGCUGCCUCACCAGCACAGCCUGUUCUCUCUCCUUUGAUCUCUUCCCCGGAAACUCAUGAACAGCCUCAGACAUUGCCUACAGCUAUGGGCUUAGCUUUUUUUCCAUCAUAAAGGCUACAUGUUUAGAUCCCAAGUUCUAUUUUUUCAUCAACAGAUUCUAAUUUAUGUUUAUGAAAAAAAUAAACUUUUCUCUUGGA